AUGUUGUUGCCAGUUCCAACUUUAAUAAUUUUCUUCGCUUCGUUUGGAGUCUUCUCCGCUGAAGAUUCCGCGUUGAAUUUAGAAGGAGUUGAUCCAAAUUCGCUGUCGUGUGAUCCGGCUGGGCAUAUAUUUCUUCUUCUCCCACAUUUCACGAGCUGUCACAAAUUCUACAUGUGCGCGCACGGAAAUGAAGUGGAGUUUACCUGUCCAGGUGACUUGAUGUUCAACUUUGUAAAACAGGUGUGCGACUGGCCUCGAGAUACAGAGUGCAUUCUCCGCUCGGAACCAGAUGACAUAGAUGGUUCUGGAGACGAAGAGUUUGCACAGCUCAUGGGUGAAGUAUCAGAAGGAGCAGAGACCAUCCUGACAGCCGACCGCGUCGCCAACAGCGUACGGCCACAGAGCAUAGAGGCGCCGGCCAGAACACUUAAUUUCAACACCCCACUGAACUGUCUUAGAGCAGACUCUGCUUCCAAACACGUUGCCUACAGAGGAGAUUGUCAACGUUACUGGCGUUGUAUCAACGGUUUGCCUCAAUCGGCAUAUUGUACUGAUGGACUUUAUUUCAACGAACGGACAGAACAAUGCGAUUUCGAAGCUAACGUCAAAUGUACGGUGGAACAGGAGGACGAAUUGGCCAGCGAGUUUAUUUUAUAUAAA